AUGCUCUUUGCUGGUAGCGCACGAGAAGGGCACGCGGGGACACUGUUGCAACAGCAACGACAGGGGCUCGCCGCCGGCAAAGUCUCCGGCGCCGGCGACCUCUGGGAGCCCACCUCGGUGCUCGACCACCGACACAGCCCGAGCCCGAGCCCGCCGACCUCGGUUUCCACGCUGUCGUCGCCCCUGGGCGCCGCGACGGCGGGUGUGGCGGCCCUCGCCGGUGCCAACGCCAAGAACGUCUCCCCGCCGCCGGUGGCGGCGGCAUGGCCAGGGGGAGGGGCCGGGGAGGAGGCCGUGGCGGGGGGCAAGGAGGAGUGGCAGCUCACGCCGCUUGACAUGGGCCUUAGCGCCGGCGAAGGGUGGGACGCUGCCGGCGCCGUCCUGUCCGAUGGCGCGGCGCCGGCGGGACUCGCCCCCGACCACACCUUCCUCAGGUGGAUCAUUGGCGGCGAGGACGCGUCUGCGGCCAUGGGGUCUGUCAUGGAUCCGCCGGUCCUUGAGCUGGACCACGCGCCGUCCAUGAUGUCGCCGGCGUUCGGGGCCAGCAUGCCGUUCGCGCCGGCCAUGGAGGACGUCAAGGUGGUGCCUUUCGGCCACACGCCCAACUUCCUGGUCCACCAUCACCAGCACCACCCCCAGCCACACGCCGCCUUCUUCGGCUCGCACUCGCACCCGUCCCUCGACGCGGCGCCGCAGCCGAAGCGACCCCACCCGAUGGCCGGCGCGCCGGCGCCAAAGCUGCCAUCUUUCCCUGGGCCCGUCGCCCAGGCGGGCGGGUUUGCGCCCGCUUUGAAGCCCAAGGCGGAGGCGGCUAACGACGAGGUGACCGCUGCGGUGGACCAGCUUGCCGAGGCGGCCAAACUUGCCGAGGCUGGCGACGCCUUCGGCGCCCGCGAGAUAUUGGCGCGGCUCAAUUAUCGGCUCCCCGCCGCUCCCACGGCCGGGACGCCGCUGCUCCGUUCAGCCUUCUACUUCAAGGAGGCCUUGCGCGUUGCGCUCUCCCCAACCGGCGAGGUCCUGGCGCCCCCGGUGUCCACGCCGUACGACGUGGUCCUCAAGCUCGGGGCGUACAAGGCCUUCUCCGAGGUCUCCCCCGUGCUCCAGUUCGCGCACCUCACCUGCGUGCAGGCGGUGCUGGACGAGAGCUCGCGCAGCGCUGCCCCGCGGCGACGCUCAAAGGUGACCGCAUUGGUGUCUUCGGCGUCGCACCACCCGCUGGAGCUGAACCUCAUCCACGAGAACCUCUCCGGCUUCGCCCGCGAGCUCGGCGUCUUCCUCCAGUUCGCGGUGUUCAACAUCGACACCCUGGACCCCGCGGAGCUGGUGGCCAUCACCAGCGGCGACGCCGUGGCCGUGCACCUCCCCGUCGGGUCGGCACACGUGGCCGCAAUGCCGGCCGUCCUCCACCUCGUCAAGCGGCUCGGCGCCAAGGUGGUGGUCUCCGUGGACCGCGGCUGCGACCGCACGGAGCUGCCGUUCGCGGCGCACCUGUUCCAGGCGUUCCAGUCGUGCGUGUCCCUGCUCGACUCCGUCGACGCCGUGGGCGCGGACGCCGAGGCGGUGGCCAGGAUCGAGCGGUUCCUGGUCCAGCCCGACGUGGAGCUGCGCGUGGUGUCGCGCCACCGCGCGUCGGCCAUGGACAAGCCGCCGCCGCCGCCGUGGCGGACCGUGUUCGCGUCGGCGAGGUUCGUGCCGGUGCAGGCCAGCACGUUCGCCGAGUCGCAGGCGGAGGCCCUCCUCAAGAAGAUGGCACUGAUGGGGUUCCGCGUGGAGAAGCGCGGCGGCGCGCUCUGCCUCUACUGGCAGCGCGGGGAGCUGGUGUCCGUGUCGGCGUGGCGGUGCUGA